AUGAAACGAGCUCGUGGGGUGGACGAAGUAGCAACGACAGCAGGAGCAACACUAAAGCAUUCUACAUUGGGAGGAGGUGGAGGUUUAAACGUAGGUGGAUUAGGAGGUGGUGGUGGUGGUAGUGUUAAUUUGGAGUAUCACUCAACAACUGGAAUAGGUGUUGGAAUUAAUUCUGGUCAAGCUGUAAGACCUAUUACGUCUAAAGACAUGCCAGGCAGCAUACAGUUUGGAACUACCCAAACGCAACAGCCAUAUUCUGGGGCUAUUGUUGUGCCCCAAGCGAGCCCAUCGCCCGUCAAGGUGCAUUCUACGAGUGGAGCACCAUUACCGCCUACACCCCCUGGUGGUGGUGUUGGAGGUGGAUCUCAACAACAAGCAUUUCAAAGGCUGAAAGUCGAGGAUGCUCUCUCGUAUUUAGAUCAAGUUAAAUACAAGUUCAGCGACCAACCUCAGGUUUACAAUGACUUCCUGGAUAUUAUGAAAGAAUUUAAAUCCCAGAGCAUAGAUACACCGGGAGUUAUAUCAAGGGUCAGUAAUUUAUUUAAAGGACAUCCGGAGUUAAUAGUCGGGUUCAAUACGUUUUUACCGCCGGGUUACAAGAUAGAGGUUCAUUCAAACGAGCAAGGUUUUGCUUUUCAAGUUUCGGUGAGCAUGCCGAGUCCAACGUCAACACAUACGUCCACAAUAUCGCAGCAACACUGCACUGUUAACGUGGGUUCACCACCGGUAGCGAGUCCACCGAGUCAACCAGCAAAAGCACCAUCAGUCCUUCACAUAAUGCAAGGAACUGGAAACAUACAUCACACGAUGGCGAAUAAUGUUACAAAUAAUAGUUUGACUGUUCACGCGGCGUCUUCCCCACCGCCAAUACAACCUUUUAAUAAUAAUUCGCAUAUAAACGCGGCGCACGCGCAAAUUGUCAGUCAAGCCCUGAGUCAAGCGCAGGACGGUGCUGUUCAGAAUAGCGGCAGUGGACAGACGCCGCAGAAUCAACCGGUCGAAUUUAAUCAUGCCAUCAACUACGUCAAUAAGAUUAAACAUCGAUUUCAAGGCCAGCCAGAUAAGUAUAAACGCUUUUUGGAAAUCUUACAUACAUAUCAAAAAGAACAGCGACACCUGAAAGAUGGCAAUCAUUUGGGUGGCGGAAGUGGCAGCGGUGGUGCUGGACCUGCUGGUAAACACCUUACUGAAGCAGAGGUCUACAGUCAAGUCGCCAAACUCUUUGAAAAUCAAGACGAUCUUCUUGCUGAGUUUGGACAAUUUUUACCUGAUGCUACGAAUCAACAGAAUUCAUUGUCUGCUAUGUUCCAGGGGAAUAAAACCGCAGCGGUUAACGAUCACAGUACGAUCGUUAAAAAACCGCUAGGACCUAAAGCUUCGUACAACAAUGCGGGUAACAUACCUCGGGAUCAUCGAGGAGAUGCUGUUGGUGGGACAGUGGUUAAUCUUGAUCGUGAUGGCAGAGAUCAUCGUGAUCGAGAUCGUGAACGUGAUAGGACUGGAAUCAGGGAUAUAAAUAGUAGUCAAAAAUUCGGUCACAAUGCCGGUCAGUUGAAGAGGAGUCCAUCCUUCUCGACGUCUGUGUCGACGGGGAAUUCUCACCAUGUACCUCAUGGACCACCUCCACUUAAAAAACACAAACUAACGGCGUCUGCUCGUGAUAUAACCAUCGCUGAGGCCGGAAAAUAUGGUUCUCUCAGUGAUUAUGCGUUCUUCGAUAAAGUUCGCAAACACUUGAAAUCAACUGAAGUUUAUGACAAUUUUUUAAGAUGUUUGGUGAUAUUUAAUGAUGAAGUUAUUUCUAAAUCGGAAAUGGUAUUAUUGGUGACACCGUUUCUCGGUAAAUCUCCCGAUCUUUUGCGGUGGUUUAAAGACUUUCUUGGUCACUUGCCGGAAUCGACUGGUGUUACGUCGUCGAAUUCCACUAGUGGGGUUAAUAUUGAGGCUCUUCCUAAUAAAGUUGUCAGAAGUCAUCAGGAUCGUCCUCAAGGUGACCUCGCUAUGGAAAUCGAUUACUCAACGUGUAAACGAUUAGGUGCCUCUUAUUGUGCAUUACCUAAAUCUUAUAUUCAACCCAAGUGUACAGGUAGAACCGAACUUUGUAAAGAAGUGCUCAAUGAUACCUGGGUAUCGUUCCCAACAUGGUCGGAGGACAGUACAUUCGUCACAUCUAGAAAAACUCAAUACGAAGAAAUAAUCUAUCGUUGUGAAGACGAAAGAUUUGAGCUUGACGGUGUCAUAGAAACGAAUGCAGCGACGAUAAGAGUGCUGGAAGGUGUUAAAAAAAAGAUGAGUAGGUUGUCCCAAGAAGAUUUACAAACAUUCAAACUCGAUGACAAUCUCGGUGGUUUGUCGCCAACGAUACACCAGCGUGCAAUCAAGCGAAUAUACGGGGACAAAGCAGCGGAUAUAAUCGAUGGACUGAAGAAAAAUCCAGUUGUGGCUGUACCUGUAGUGCUCAAGAGAUUGAAAAAUAAGGAAGAGGAGUGGCGAGAAGCGCAAAAGGGUUUUAAUAAACUUUGGCGAGAGCAAAAUGAAAAAUUCUACUUAAAAUCCUUGGAUCACCAGAGCAUUAAUUUUAAACAAAACGACCUCAAAGCUCUCAGGUCUAAGAGUCUUUUUAAUGAAAUAGAAACUCUGUAUGAUGAGCGACACGAGCAAGUGGAUGAUACAAGUGGUGAAAGCCAGAAUAAUGGCGGACCUCACUUGGUGCUAGCCUAUAAAGACAAAUCAGUGUUGGAUGACGCGGCAAAUUUACUGAUUCAUCAUGUAAAAAGACAAACUGGAAUACACAAAGAAGAAAAGAAACGAAUUAAAAUUCUUCUCAAGCAUUUCAUACCUGAUCUCUUUUUCCAUCAACGUCAAGAGUUGAGCGACGAUGAGCGCGACGACGAUGACGAAAAAGAAGAAACAAACGCCACGCCAUGUGGGAGCGGCUCACAAAGUCUUACCUCGUCGACGUCGCCAAUUGGCGGUCUUCAAGGUACAAGAAAUAAAACAUCACAGUCACCACCAAAUUCGUCAAUUAAAAUAGAACCAGAUGUUAAGCUACCUAUUCAUGCAUUAUCGACUGAUCCUGAGGAGGCUUACACGCUAUUUAUGGGAAGUAAUAGCUGGUAUCUAUUCCUGAGGUUACACCAGAUACUUUGUGAGAGGCUGACGAAAAUGUAUGAUAGAGCAGUAGUACUUGCUGAGGAAGAAUCCCGGUAUAAACAGCAGAGAAAGGAGAGCACUGCUGUUGCAUUGAGGUUAAAACCAAAGAGUGAGGUUGAAAUAGAAGAUUACUAUCCAGCCUUUCUCGAUAUGGUGAAGAAUGUACUCGACGGUAACAUGGAAAGUACGGUGUACGAAGAUUCACUUCGGGAAAUGUUUGGUAUCCACGCAUACACAGCCUUUACCUUGGACAAAGUCGUUACCUACGCUGUACGACAGUUGCAGCAUUUGGUGGCUGACACAAUAUGUCAACAGUGUAUGGAUCUGUUUCAACGCGAACAGCGUCAACCUAAAGAGAAUAGCGGAGCUGGCGGUCUUUGUGCUACAGCUUGCCUACGACUACCCGCUGAAAUGGCUUAUCAAAGGCGAGCUGAGAAAGCCAUGGCCGAGGAAAAUUGCUUCAAGAUAUAUAUUUACAAGAAAGAGUGUAAAAUGACUAUUGAAUUAUUGGAUACGGAAGGCGAGGAAACGGCUGAUGGUUGUAACGAGAAAGAAAGAGAGGAUGUAAAUACUACUGAAAAAUGGUCAUCGUAUCUUGACAGAUUCUCGACACCGGUGGCACAACCCAGUCCGAAGGAAACAUCGUCAUCACCGAACAAUGAGCUAACCACCAAUCAUCCUGUGAGUAGCGACCAGGCAGCAAGGGGGGGAAGGGGCAGAAAGCGCAAGAACACUGACAUUAAUAAGAAGGUCGAAGGAAACGGUUGGAGCUCGCUAGGAAAAAAUUUUGCUGGUCGCAAGCCUGUAUUUCUGUCUAGAAAUGUUAGACAGUCGAGAAAACACUCCGGAAGAACGAUGAAGCUACGGAAUAACCCCAACAAAAAUUCUGAGAGCUCGACUGAAGGUGGAAAGGGUGAACAAGAGAUGGACGUUGACAAUGAUAUGUUGAAAGGGUCAGCGACAUUAAGAAUGACAGGGACAAAUGACAAUGAUGAUAUGAUCGUAUUGGAUGAGACUCAAUGUACAUUUAAUCCCAAUCGUUAUCAUAUGCUUUAUGUCGGGAGUAAAGAGGCCUUUCUUUACAAACGAAACGCGUUCACGCGAGCUAAAGAGUCUCAUUUAACCGUGACAAAGAAUCUAAACAACAAAUUUCACGGAUGGCUGCAGAAGUGGGUGUCGAAAAACGUCGGAGACGGACAGCAUCAGUCGUGUAUUGACUGGAUGAUGGGUCGAUAUGAAAAUUUAAUUCCCCACAGAACACGAGUGAUUGUUGAUAAUGAUCAGAGUCGAUCUCCAUAUCGGCCUUACAACCGAUAUAGAGUUGAGCGAUUGAACUCUGAAACGUCUGCGUCGGAACAAACGACAUAG